AUGAAGAGGACAUACUUAGAUAAAGAAAUAAGGAAAAAAGUACUUGAUUCUGAAAGAUUUUCAAGUUUGAUGGACGAUGAACUACAUAAAAGAACAAUGCAGCGAUUAUACCCAUGUGAUGUCUUCUCAGCUCCAUAUUACGAAAAAUCCGACGAAGAAAAACAAAAACUACUUGAAAUAGCUAAUCAAACAUAUAAUAAUUUGUAUAAUAGGAAACAUACGGAUGAAAACUCAGAAUCUAGCCAGUGUCUGGGUAAUUUACCAUAUAGAAGACAAGAAUCAACAAAACAAGAUUACAUAAUAAAACUCCACCAAGAAAAAAUAAAUCAAGAAGAGAUUAGGAAGGUAUUACAACAAUGCUCUGCUAGAGAACAAAAAUUAUAUAGAGAGUUCUCAAGUGAUGUAGUUUUUGGUAAUGAACAAUGUUCAAGGGAGAAGAUGAUUAUUGAAGUUUCUAACUAUCAAGAGCCAAAUUAUCCAACUAAUAGUAGUAAUUAUGAUGAUGAUCUAGUGAAAUAUCGCCAAAUAUAUCCUGCAUAUUCAAAUAUAUUAAAUAAUGAAAACGAUUCUGUGGCUUUAGAACUAAGAAAAAGACCUUCACUACCCAAGUAUAAUAAAAACAUUGACACUGAAUGUAUUGCAGAUCUAAUAUCUGGAAUACCUAGAUACAAUACAUUAUCAUGUAGAAAUUAUGCAAAUAAAAUCCCAGAAUAUAAUUUAAACAAUUUAGAGAGUAAAUUUACCCCUAUACAAAAAAAUCUAAGCUCUAAACUUCAUGGAGAAGAUUUCUACAAUAAAAUAGCCUAUAUUCAAGAUACAUCAUUUGUAAGAUUCCGAUUAUCAAAUCUCACAACUGGAUGUAAUGAAGAGUUAAUACAGAAAGUGGCUACACAGUGUGGAGUAUAUGCUUAUCAAGUUAUUGUAGAAAUUGAUCCAGUAUUAGGCCAUCUAAAAGGAGGUGCUACUGGAAAAUUAAGAUUUCAUUCAGGUGGGCUGGAAAACUUCAAAAAAGUUCUUUGGGAGUGUUAUGGAAUCCAGUUUGAGAUUAUAGGAGAUAUACAAAAGGAACCAAAAUAUUAA